AUUCUCCAAAUGUUUUCAAUGGAAAGAGAGAGAGUCCAAGACUUGAACCCUGGGCUAACUGUGAGGGUUUUUUGCAAGCCACAUUUGUAUUUUACGAAGCACAACUCUUUCUCUCUCUAAAUUUUUUCGUCUUCUUCAUCAGACUUGGGUUGUGUGGCAAGGAUCAACAUGGGUCAGCUGCAGGUGAGGGAAUAACCGAAACUUCCUUUUCUGUCCCAAAAAGGAAAAAGAAAAAGAAUAGCAGGAUGGCAACUGAGAGCCCUAUGAGAAUGGUGGAGAGUGGCGGAGCUAGAAAGUGUCCCUCUUCUAAGGAUGCAGCUAUAUUUGGGUCACCCCUAAAUAAUAUGGCAGCAGAAAACUUGGGAUUGCUUGUGAAGGGGAAUAGAUUCCAUGGAGAUCAAACAAACAUGGUUCCUGGUCGAAGUGGCAGUGCACCGCCAAGCAUGGAGGGUUCAUUUGCUGCUAUUGGAAACCUUUUAGCUCAGCAAAACUUAAUCAUGAGUUCUAGCUUGGAAAGUUUAAGCAGUGCUAUUGAGAACUGUGAGUCUGAGGAGCAACUGCGUUCUGAUCCAGCCUAUUUCGCGUACUAUUGUUCAAAUAUCAACUUGAAUCCAAGGCUUCCACCACCUCUAAUAUCACGAGAGAAUCGUCGACUUGUAUGCCAUAUUGGUGGUUUAGGCAAUAGUUGGAGGUCUGCUUCUAUAGACGAUAGUGGCAAUCAAUCCUUGCAAAUGCUUUCAACUCAUAAGGAAGAGCCAGAGGAUGAUAAGUCACCCAGAGAAGCAUCAGAAACUAGCAGUGCGCUUUCCUCUGGACAGAACACAAAUUCUUUGGCAGGUCGUCAUAAAAGUUUGGUUGACCUGAUACAGGAAGACUUCCCUCGCACCCCAUCUCCUGUUUAUAGUCAGUCUCGAUCUUCAAGCCAUGCAGCAGAAGAAGCAGUUGAUCUGGAUGCCCAUUUAAUUUCGCCAAAUGUUUCUUCUGUGAACAUUUCAAAAGCAUCAGAAUCAAAUUCAGGUUCUGAUGAUGUCUGUGCCAACACAUAUGCUUUGGAGGUAGACGCUAUAAGGCUAAUAUCUGAUACUGAUCCUACAGUUACCUCUUUUACUAGCUCAUCAUGUCUUCAAGAGAAACCAAACUGGCAAAAAGAUGAAGGAAACACUAAAGAUACUAGUUUGGAAGGUCAUUCCUCAUUUUCAGGUACCCUUCAUUCAGCCAGAAAGGAUCCUAAAAUGAGAAACAAAGAAGAGCAACGAUCUUAUGGGAGGAAUAUGCCUCAAAAGCAUCCAUCAGCACAGCAAGGCAAUCCACAUCAGGCUCAAGGAGUCCAGCCUCAAAAAAUUACCCAAGGAACGAAUCCAUCUCACAGUAGCAUGGGAAAACUUUCCCAUGACCAUCCUAGGUUCUCCACUAUUGAGGUACAGCCGACAUUGCAUUCUCCUGCACUUGGCCCUCCUUCGUAUGCAUCAGUAGCAGCCUAUAUGGCAGGAGGGACUCCAUUUUACCCUAACUUUCAGCCAUCUGGUUUAUAUUCUCCACAAUAUAGCAUGGGCGGAUAUGCUUUGAGUUCGACAUUUCUUCCCCCUUUUAUGACUGGCUAUCCUUCUCAUAGUGCCAUUACAGUGCCAUUUGGUGCUUCUAGUUCAAGCUUUACUGGUCGAACCACUGCUUCUUCAGCUGGGGAAGACAUUCCACAUAUAGGUGGUCCACAACACCUGGGCAAGUUUUAUGGACAACAAGGAUUAAUGCUUCAACCUUCAUAUGUUGAUCCACUGUAUAUGCAGUACUUUCAAAAUCCUUAUGGAGAUGCAUAUGGUGCUACAUUUCAGCAGAAUCAUAUGGCCUCGAGUGGUCCCACUGGGGGCCAGGCUGAUUCUUUUCUUCCUCAGAAGGAGUCAUUUUUUUCCUCUUAUAGAGGUGAUCAUAAACUUCAGCCGCCAAUAAAUGGCAGCCCAGGCAUGCCAAGUCCAGGAAAAGUGGGAAUUACUGGUAGUAGUUAUUAUGGAGGUCCUCCAGGUAUGGGUGUCAUGACCCAAUUCCCAGGUGCACCACUUGCCAGUCCAGUACUACCAUCAUCUCCUGUAGGUGGAAUAGGUCAUAUUGGUCAGCAGAAUGACAUGAGGUUUCCCCAAGGUUCAAGUAGAAAUGUAGGACCAUAUUGUGGAGGUCAGGGGCAGAGAGGAGUCAACAGCUUUGAUGAGCCCAAAAGGCACUAUUUUCUUGAAGAACUGAAAUCAAGCAGUGCCCGAAAAUUUGAGCUCUCUGAGAUAGCUGGCCAUAUAGUAGAAUUCAGUGUUGAUCAACAUGGGAGUCGAUUUAUUCAGCAGAAACUGGAACAUUGCAGUGUCGAGGAAAAGGUGUCGGUGUUUAAAGAAGUACUUCCUCAUGCUUCAAAAUUAAUGACAGAUGUUUUUGGAAAUUAUGUCAUUCAGAAGUUUUUUGAGCAUGGAAGCCCUGAACAGAGGAAAGAGCUUGCAGAUAAACUAUCUGGACAGAUGCUGCAGUUAAGUUUGCAGAUGUAUGGUUGCCGUGUAAUACAGAAAGCCCUUGAAGUGAUUGAGCUUGAUCAGAAAACACAGCUUGUUCAAGAACUUGAUGGGCAUGUUAUGAGAUGCGUGCAUGAUCAAAAUGGAAAUCAUGUGAUACAGAAGUGCAUAGAAUGUGUGCCAACAAAGAACAUUGAAUUUAUUAUUUCUGCUUUCCGAGGCCAAGUUGCUGCACUUGCCACGCAUCCCUAUGGUUGUCGUGUUAUUCAGAGGGUUUUGGAGCAUUGCUCAGAUGACCUGCAAAGUCAAUGUAUAGUGGAUGAGAUCUUGGAAUCAGCUCACAUUCUUGCACAAGACCAGUAUGGCAACUAUGUCACUCAGCAUGUUUUGGAGAGAGGAAAGCCCUCUGAAAGGAGCCAGAUUAUCAGCAAGGUGUCUGGGAAAAUCGUGCAAAUGAGUCAGCACAAGUAUGCAUCAAAUGUGAUUGAGAAGUGUUUGGAAUAUGGCAAUUCAGCUGAGCAGGAGCUCUUGAUCGAGGAGAUCAUUGGGCAAUCCGAGGAGAGUGACCACUUGUUGGUAAUGAUGAAGGACCAAUUCGCAAAUUAUGUGGUCCAAAAGAUCCUUGAAAUAAGUAAUGAUAAGCAGAAGAAGAUAUUGCUCGAUCGUGUAAGAGUUCAUCUUCAUGCUUUGAAGAAAUACACAUAUGGGAAGCACAUAGUUGCUCGAUUUGAGCAACUUUGUGGUGAAGAAGGGCAGGUCUUGGAAACUUGAAUUGGUUGGUAGGGACAUGAAUCCUGCUUCUGGUGGGAAGCGAGAUGUAAUGGCAGGAAGAAAAAAGGAUGAUGAAUGGGCAACUAUUCAUUGCAAAAAUAUGCCGUUAGGGCAUGAUGUGCUAGUAUAGUUGCCAUUUGAGUUUGAUGCUGCAAAUUGCAAAUUGCAAAUUGAAAAUUGAAAAUUGAAAAUUGAUUGUAGUGUAUACAUGUAAUAUAUGUCUCCAACUGUAUGUUAUGUAUCUAUGUAUAGGAAUAACUAAUGGUGAUUGGUCAAAGGUAAUCUGAUUGCUUUGGGAAAUUUGAUUUA